UCAUUUCAUCAUCAUCAGUUGGCCACGGACAGCUUUAAAACAAUACCAGAUAUAUUAAACACUAAACGUUACAAAAAAAUAAUUAAAAAAAAGAUAAAUAAACUAUAUUUUAAAUUAAAAGAAAUUUAGAAAAAAAUAUUCAAAUUUUUGUAGAAUUUAAUCCUAAGCAAAAAACCAGCCAAGUGAUUGUAUCAUAAAAAAAAGUGAAAUUUUCCUAAAAUGUUGCAAAAAAUCAUAUUGGUCUCGUUGGCCUUGUGCAGUUUUAUAAGCUGUUUACAAGCUGAAAUGGUAUAUGCUGCCGUUUCGGGGUUACCCAUGAGCUUUUUGCCACCUCCUCCUGGUAAUGGACCGCAAAAUAUUAGACCGCCACCUAAUUUACACGAUGGUCCCUUAGUAAGACCCCAACGUUCUUUAUAUGGUCCACCAGGUUAUGGUGGCGGUUGGCAUGGACCUCCAGUCCAUCCUCAAGCUAUUGGUUUGGGUCAUAUUUCGAAACAAGAAUUGAUAACUCUACUGGAAGCAGCCAAAGAAGCGGCUAAGCCAGCACCAGAGCCCGAACCAGAGCCAGAACCUGAACCAGAGCCAGAACCCGAACCGGAACCUGAACCCGAGGAGGAAGCAAAACCAGCAGGACCUCCAGCUGGAGUACCUCUUACUGUCUCGUUGCCAGCUUUUGUUCCCAUUCAACUCUCGGCUAUGUAUACAGCUCCACCACCAGCUGCUGCACCUGAAGCUGAAGGAGGGGCUGAAGAGGGCGGAGAUGAAGAAGAAGAGGGUGGUGACGAAGAAGAAGAAGAGGAGGAAGAAGCGGAUGAAGAGGAGGAAGAAGAGGAAGAAGAAGUUGAACCUGCACCAGCACCAGUCAAACCAUACCAUCCCAUCUAUCAUCCUUGGUCCUCAAGAGGCGUCUAUAGCCGAAGAGUUGUACCAUUUGCGCCACGCUCUGUUAAAAGAUAUAAAGCUCGUGGCAAGACCAGCAGAUCGAAAUCUAGAUCAAAGUCCCGCAAAUCAAAAUCCAAGAAAAGCAAAUCUAAAUCAAAAUCUCGUUCUAGAAAACGCACUGGACGCAAACCCUUAAAAGCUAGAAAAUCCAACAUACGUUAUGCCGGCUCUGCCCAAAGCAUUCAAGUUCUACCACCACCACCAUUUUUGGCACGCGCACCAGGACCUCUUAAGUUAGUGCCUUCCAAUCAAUUGCUCAGCAAUUGGAAAUGAAGUGUGUUCAAAUAUUUUAAAUUUAAGUUUUUUUAUUUUCUAUGUUAAUGGUUUAAAAUUCGUUUAAUAACUUUUAUUUUCAAAGCAUCUUUGCUAAUUUUUAUGAAAAAAAAUUAUAAAUUGUAAUUGUUUUAAUUAUUAUGUUUAAUCACUCUUGAAUUUAUAAGCUACUAAUUUAUAAAUUUAUAUAAAAAAUAUAUAAUAUAUGAAAAAAAUAUAUAAAUAUACAUUUAUAAAUUAUAUAUAAA